CUACUCAAAAUAAAUCAGAUAUAAUUCAAAAAAACCUUUUAAAAGAUGCCCGAUAAGAUGAUGGGUCAAUGUAAAAAAGCAGAGAAGCAAAAACUGCCUCAAAAAAAGAUCCCUAUGGCUAAAGAACAUGUUGUUUAUAAUUAGGAAAUUACUAAGAGGUCAAUUAUUACAAAGAGAUUAUUUAUAACAAUUUCUUACCGUUUUUAUGAAAAUAAUUUGUUUAAAACAACUUUUUGGAAAGUUUGCUUUGUUGGUCAUGGAUCUAAAUCAAAUUUUUCACUUUUUUUAGGUUAGUUUUAAGUCCAAAUCUUACAUAAGCAAGAUUUGUGCUUAUGAUUUCUUUCUAUCAAGUACAAACAAUAACAAAUUAUUUAAAAACGAACUUUAUAUGACUAAUUCUUUAUUUAAAUGGAUUAAACGUUUUUUAAGAUAAUAAUAUUAUUUAGAAUAUGAGCAGCGGAAAAAUUGUACGAUUAAAACUAAUUCCAGCAAGUGGUAAAAAUGUUGGAACGAUUUUUUGGUUUCAUGGGUCAGGUGAUUCAGGUGAUGGUUUUUAUGAAUGGAUAAAAUUUUUUAUGGGAAAUUUUUCUUUCCCCCAUUUAAAAUGUAUAUUCCCCACAGCCCCACUCAGAUAUUACACUCCAAGUAAUGGUGCACCUCAAAGGGUAUGGUUUGAUCGAAAAGAUAUUCUUCCCUCUGUUGAUGAAGAUUUAGAUACUUUAAAUGAUAUCAGUUAUGAAAUAAAUUCAUUAAUUGAUCAAGAAUUAAACGUGGGAAUCCCUCUCAAUAAGAUUAUUGUUGGUGGAUUUUCUAUGGGGGGAUCUUUGGCGUUACAUACAGCAUUCAGAACUACACCUGGCUUAGGAGGAGUAUUUUCAAUCUCUUCUUUUCUCAACAAUAACUCAGUAGUUUAUGAAGCAAUAAGAGAUCAUCCAGAAAAAGUUAUUAAUACUCCUUUAAUUAUGUUUCAUGGCGGAAAUGAUCGAUUGGUUGAAUUAGAAUGGGGUAAAGACACUUUUAAAGAAUUAACUAAGCUGGGUGUUAAAGGAACAUUUAAUGUUAUACCAAAUACGUUUCACGAGUUAAAAAAGAAUCAACUUAUUGACCUGUUUAAAUGGAUUAAUAAGAUUAUACCACCACCGAAAGAAGAAAUUUAAAGAAAUCUUAAUAAAAUAUGUUUUUUUUUUUAA